AUGGAAAUAUACAUAUUCCUAUGGUUUUUCUUAUAUUUAUUUGGGAGGACACUAACACAUGAGAAUGAUUUAUAUACUAAAGAUCUUAAUUUUGAAAUAUUUCAUGAAUUAACACCAGAAACUACACCAGUAUUACGAGGAUAUGUAAAAUAUGAUUUUGAGAAAGAAAAAGCGGUUUAUUAUCAUAAUGAGACACUUUUUUCAUUCGCAGCAACAUGGAAUUAUAUGGAAAAAGGAUUUUAUAGAGUAGGAGCUUUUAAUUCUAAAAAAAAGUUUAAAAAUGGAUUUAUUCCAUGGAUUCAUUUAAAAAAACUAUUAGAACAAGACAAAGAUAUUCAUGAAGAAAUAAUUAUUUAUUUGGAUAAUUCUAAUGAAAUAUGGCAUGUAGACUAUAUAUUGAGUAUUUUAGAAAAAAGAAAAAAUCAGAUUCCAGAAAUUACUACAAGUGUAAGAAUUGUAUUUCCAUCAUCUGAAAAUGGGGUGAUGCCUAUAUUUAAUAAGCCUAUUACUCUAGAUCCAGAUGGAAAACCUAUAGAAAAUAAAGAAAAAACAUUUUUUCAAAAAUAUUGGAUGUAUAUAGUACCACUUAUAUUAAUUUUGCUUGUAAAAAAUAGGAAUGUAGAAUAA